AUGAUGCUCGUUCUUCUUGCCAAUAUCGCCUAUGCGGUAUCUGGGUGCCUUGUAUUGAUUGCACUCAACGUUGCUCGUCAGUUGCUGUUUCGCAACAAGAGUGAGCCGCCGGUCGUCUUCCACUGGAUACCGUUCUUGGGAAACACCAUCAGCUAUGGGGUAGACCCGUAUGCGUUCUUCUUCUCGUGCCGGCAGAAGUACGGCGACAUCUUCACCUUUGUUCUCCUAGGGCGAAAGACGACGGUUUACCUAGGCGUCCAGGGCAACGAGUUCAUCCUCAAUGGUAAACUGAAAGACGUCAAUGCCGAGGAAGUUUACGGGCCCCUUACGAUACCCGUCUUUGGGUCCGAUGUUAUCUACGACUGUCCGAACUCGAAGUUGAUGGAACAGAAGAAGUUCGUCAAAUUUGGUCUCACCCAGUCUGCCCUUGAGUCGCAUGUUCAAUUGAUAGAGAAGGAGGUGCUUGAUUAUCUCAAGACCUCCCCCAAAUUCAGCGGCACUUCAGGAGAAAUCGACGUAUCGGCCGCUAUGGCAGAGAUUACCAUAUUUACCGCCGGUCGCGCCUUACAAGGGGGAGAGGUUCGCAAGAAACUCACUGCCGAGUUUGCUGAUUUAUAUCAUGAUUUGGACAAGGGAUUCCGACCUAUCAACUUUAUGCUACCCUGGGCUCCGCUGCCACAUAACCGAAAGCGUGACAUAGCCCACGUCCGCAUGCGAGAAAUCUACACCGAAAUCAUCAAAGAACGUCGCAAGAAUCCAGACAUCGAGAGCUCGGAUAUGAUAUGGAACCUCAUGCGAUGUACAUACAAGAACGGACAGCCGGUGCCAGACAAAGAGAUAGCCCACAUGAUGAUAACACUCCUGAUGGCUGGCCAGCACUCGUCCUCUGCAAUUAGCUCCUGGAUCAUGUUACGGCUGGCCUCUCAACCUGAAAUUAUCGAGGAGCUUUAUCAGGAGCAAGUCACCAACCUCGGCAGCGGCGAUGGCAGCCUUCCACCCCUACAGUAUAGGGAUAUGGAUCGAUUAUCUUUAAUGCGAAAUGUUAUCAAGGAAACACUACGAGUGCACUCUUCUAUCCAUUCGCUCAUGCGCAAAGUCAAAAACCCGCUCCCAGUUCCCGGCACGCCGUAUAUUGUCCCUACCAGCCACGUCCUUCUUGCAUCCCCGGGUGUCACCGCUCUGAGUGAAGAGUACUUUCCCAAUGCUAGUCGUUGGGACCCUCAUCGCUGGGAUAACCAGGUUGAGAAGGAAGAUGAAGGGGAGAUGGUUGACUAUGGCUAUGGUACUGUCUCAAAGGGUACUUCUAGCCCUUACCUGCCCUUCGGUGCCGGUCGACAUCGAUGUAUUGGUGAGAAGUUCGCAUAUAUCAACCUUGCAGUUAUUGUGUCGACCAUCGUGCGCCACGUUAAACUGUUUAAUACAGAUGGCAGAAAAGGCGUACCUGCCACAGACUAUUCCUCGCUUCUUUCUGGGCCCGUGAAACCCGCCGUCAUUGGGUGGGAAUCGAGAUUUCCAAAUAAGCUAUGA